AUGUCUAAUACUCCUCACGGUGGUGUCCUCAAGGACCUUCAUUUACGCGAUGCUGACAAGCACGACGCACUCCUUGCCGAAGCAGCAACCCUUCCUACUCUUGUCUUGAGCGAUCGUCAACUUUGUGAUCUUGAACUCCUCCUCAAUGGUGGUUUCUCUCCCCUUGAAGGUUUCCUUAACCAAAAGGAUUAUGAAGGUGUCGUGGAAAACAUGCGUUUGACCUCGGGCCUACUUUGGCCGAUGCCGAUUACACUUGAUGUGAACCAAGCUGAAAUCGAUGAAUCUAAAAUCCAACCCAAGAACCGUAUUGCUCUUGUGGACCCUCGUGAUUAUCAACCCUUGGCUAUCUUGACCGUGGAUGAUGUGUAUCGUCCUGACAAGUCCAACGAAGCUGCCAAGGUUUAUGGUGCCGAUGAUGCAGCUCACCCUGCCGUGUAUUACCUUCACAACGUUGCCAAGGAAUUCUAUGUUGGUGGUUCUUUGCAAGCUAUUCAAUCUCCUGCUCACUAUGACUAUGUCGCCAACCGAUUCACUCCAAGUGAACUUCGUGCUCAUUUCAAGAAGCUUCAAUGGACUCGCGUUGUUGCUUUCCAAACCCGUAACCCCAUGCAUCGUGCUCACCGUGAAUUGACUGUGCGUGCUGCUCGUGCUCGCAAGGCUCAUUUGCUCAUCCACCCUGUGGUUGGUCUUACCAAGCCUGGUGACAUUGAUCAUUAUACCCGUGUGCGUGUGUACAAGGCUUUGAUGCCAAAGUAUCCUAAUGGUAUGGCUGAGUUGAGCUUGCUCCCAUUGGCUAUGCGUAUGGGUGGUCCUCGUGAAGCUGUGUGGCACGCAUUGAUCCGUAAGAACCAUGGUGUCACUCACUUCAUUGUGGGUCGUGACCAUGCUGGUCCUGGCAAGAACUCGCAAGGUGUUGAUUUCUAUGGUCCUUAUGAUGCUCAAGCUUUGGUUGAAAAGUACAAGGAUGAGAUUGGUAUUGAAAUUGUUCCUUUCCAAAUGGUGGCCUACUGCCCUGAGUCGGAUGAAUACAUGCCUGCCGAUGAGGUUCCUGAAGGAGUCAAGACCCUCAACAUCAGUGGUACAGAGUUACGCCGUCGUUUGCGUACUGGUUUGCCUAUCCCUGAAUGGUUCUCUUAUCCUGAAGUGGUCAAGGUCCUUCGUCAAUCCCAUCCUCCUCGUGCUCAACAAGGUUUCACCAUCUUCUUCACUGGCUUGCAUGCUUCUGGCAAGAAUGCUCUUGCUCGUGCCUUGCAAGUAUCCUUGAACCAAGAAGGCUCUCGCUCUGUGUCUUUGCUCAUGAGUGAAAAUGUCCGCACCGAACUUUCUUCCGAACUUGGCUUUUCCAAAAAGGAUCGUGAUCUCAACAUUGCUCGCCAAGCUUUCGUUGCUGGCGAAUUGACGCGUGCAGGUGCUGCUGCUAUUGUGGCUCCUAUCGCUCCGUUUGAUGAGGCUCGUAAGAAUGCUCGCAAGGCCAUUGAAAAGUAUGGUGGUUUCUAUCUUGUGCAUGUCUCCACUCCCUUGGAUGAAUGCAUCAAGCGUGAUCAUGAUGGUGUCUAUGAGCGUGCUCGCAAGGGUGAAAUCAAGGACUUUACUGGUAUUGAUGCUCCUUAUGAGACACCUGAUGAUGCCGACCUUACUAUUGAUCUCAGCAAGCAUUCCAUUGCCCAAGGUGUUCAUGAAAUUGUCUUGUUGCUCGAAAAGGACCGUUACGUUGGCUCUUCUUAA